AUUAAAACUUUAUUGAUACAUCAAGAAUGUACACGGCUAUGUUUAAAAUAAAAAAAACACUGAAAUGUAGUGACAAAACGAAUUUACAUGAGAAAUGUUUUUUUAAUCAGCAACUGAACAGAGGCUCCAUGCCUCUGCCUCUUGCGCACGGUUGUGUCCUUUCCAACAUGGCGUCCCAGAACGCCCACCUCGGUGUGUUAAAACACACUUCCGCCCAGGACACUAAACAUGGCCGCCUUCUCGGACGAGCUGCUCCGUAGGGAGCUGAAGUCCUUCGGUUAUAGCCCGGGUCCCAUAUCCGAUUACACAAGGAAACUGUACCAGAAAAAACUCCAGAAGCUACAGGCCACCGUUGACUACAACCGAGUGCAUCUCCUCAGAGGCCAGUCUUACAUCCACUCCCGACACCGGCACAGCAGCGGCAGCCCCCGGCACCGCCAGCGGACAGCCAGCUUCCACCAGGACAGCGAAGACUCGGACGACGACGACGACGACGAUGAAGAUGACUACGGGAGCAGGGUUCGCGAUACUCGGGAGGACAGCCGGAACCGGCGGCUGUCCGACAGCACGAACUUUUCCUUCUUCAGAAGGGUGGACGCGCAGAGGCUGUAUGACGGCUCCACCCGGCGAAAUCGCUUCUGCGAGCGGCAGCUGUCCCGGGUUCUGCUGGCUUGCACCGUAAUCCUCAGCCUGAUUCUCAUCUGGCUGGUUUAUAUGAAGACUGUGAGUCUGGGCCAGCCCGAGAACGCCAACAGCAACAUUCAAGGGCUGAGCGUGGACUGCGAUGGGAAGACCGACACAUACUGCAGGGCUCAGGAGCAGAGGGUGCAGCUGCAGUUGUUGUCAGAGCUGUACAGCUUCCUGGCGAAGGUGGCAGGUGAAGUGUCGGCCAGAGGGGAGGAGGGGGCGUGGGGUGACUUUGAAUGUGGGAACCCAUCCAAACUGACGAAUGCAUGUGUUCCCAUCGAAGACGUGAGGACUUACUUGGCGAUUUUAAACAAAGACUAUGCAAGCAAGCUGGAGGCAGCGCUGGAAUGGAUUCUCCAGAGUGAGACAGACCUGGGAAUUCAGCUGGUGGGAGAGGACCCCUCGGAGCUGGUGGUGUCCGUGCAGGCAGUCCAGUGCGUCCAGUCCUCCUGGCCUUCCCGGAGCCUCGACUGCCGGCUCAGCCUGGCCUUAGUCACUGCCCUCCAGCGGACUUUCAUCUUCAUCCUGGCGCUGGGUGUCAUGUGGGGGGUGCUGGUGCUGCUGAGGUACCGCUGGCGUCGGCUGCAGGAGGAGGAGCAGGCCAUGUACGAGCUGGUCCACAGGAUCAUCGCUGCGGUCCGGGAACACUAUAAGGACUGGGAUCAGGGACUGGAGCCCCUUCCGUAUGUUCCAAUCCCCCACAUCCGGGAUUCCCUCAUCCCUCCACAGAACAGACGGCGAAUGCGAAGAGUGUGGGACAAGGCGGUGGAGUUCCUGGCGUCCCACGAGUCGCGGAUUCGCACAGAGAGCCACCGCGUGGGCGGAGAGGACUUCCUGGUGUGGCGCUGGACGCAGCCCUCAGAGAUGUCUGACUCCAGCUAGGGGGUGUCGGGGAGCAUGAACAACCCCCUCCACCUUAAGCCGAAACACAGCACACGCUCACAAGCUGUGCCUCAAGCAGCAGCCAGCCCAGGGUGGUGGUGGUGUCUCAGACUGGACUGAUCUUUCAGGAAAGGGAAUAUUUUGUGUUCGGCUGGUUUUCGUUUUGGGCAGGAGGCCUGAAUAACCUAAAGACUCCACCUGGGAUUCAGCAGUAAGUUGCCAUCCUCAGGAACUGUAACCUAAUGAACAAGCUAGACAGGGUUACACAACACUAUAGUCUCAUUCAGUUGCCUCUGCACUGGACUGAUUGGAUUCAUUUAUAAAGGGAGCUGUGACAAAGCUGGCUAUUUGAAAAGGUGGUCAAUUCUUUCUAUUGAUAAAACUCGAAAGCUGUCUUCCUCAUUGUUAGUCAUCCUGUGUAGUGGCUCUGUUGUCUCGACCGGGUGCUUCAGACAUGCUGCUUAAAAAUAAGUCAUCUGGAAAAGAGCGGGAAGAUGAGAAUCUUUGGUAUCUUUAUCUGUUAGUUUUAUUUUUGAAGGUGUUGUAGACGGAGGGGAGCCUUCAGUCUUUCCUGCAGAUACUGGUUUCCGGUUUGUCCUUUCGGGAGCAUCAGCCAGGUAGUUGGAUGUCUUGCAGAUGUGCUUUCUGUGCUGGAUUGAAUCCUGGGGAGGGCGGACUUGGAGCCUCUGAAUCCUGAGACAUUUCUCGAAUGUUUUCUGGAAUAUGGAGCUGGCAGGGCUGAACAGUUGUUGUUGUUUUUUUUCUUUGUAGACAAAUAUAAAAAAUUAACUCUGAAACUGAUUCUUUAUGAGCUGAUCAUAAAAACAGCUGUUGGUUUUAGAGAACAGUGUGUUAAACUUGCUGGAGCAGCUGAACAAACAGAAGCCUUCUCCUCUCACCCUCUUGAACCAAAGUCCCUUCCACUUUCCUUUCCCUUCCUGCCGACACACCAAGCAGGAAUGCACAGAUCCAAAAACACUCCAGUGAGAAUCUGUGUUCAGGUAUUCUAAGCAAUGGUUUUUCAACACUUCAGUGCUAAAUGUUCUUAGUCUUCUCUUUAGCCCAUUAGAAGAUUGGUAAAAAGGCCUGUUCCUUAUCAGAAUGGAGCUGCUUCUUAUUAAAUUAUUUGUUUAGUGGUGCCCUUAUCAUGAGUGACCUACAGCUGUAUACACAGAGUGCACUGAAGGGAUAAACAAAUGCUUAAACAAAUAAAGCAAAGAUGCAGAAGGUGACAAGACUCGCAGUGUGUCAGUGUGGAGAUGAGAGCCUAACCCAGCUGUGGGGUCUAGAGGAUAAAUCUACAUCUGGCAGUGGAGUACAACGCUGAGACGUAUAUUGCACAGGCACUGACUUUGGACUUGAUGAACAGAGCACCCUGCCUAACUCGCUGCCUGUGACGCACUGGAGGCAGUGACUUUGUGACAGGGCCCCCUGCAAGCCAGGUGUGUGAGGUGAAGCUGGGAUGACCACCCUGAGGUUAGCGGCAGUUACUCACACUGACAGUACCACCUUCCUCCAGACGCAGCAAUCUGUCCCCUGGCAGCGGGCGUCUGUGCCAGGGAUGCCACAAGAGGCUGACUCUGUGAAAGAGAAGGGGGUGUGUUUUUUAGUAAUUCAAGCAUCAUUUGCCAUUAAUAACCCAUGUUAUGUUUGAAAUAAAUUUUCAUUAUUUUCACAA